AUGGGGAGCGAGGCUGGCAUGGUGCUGAUGUGGCAGGGCGCCGCCGACAGCCACGACGUGCUCGGGGAGGUACUGGACGCAUGCAGGGACGCCGGUGCGGGCCCUGCGAAGCCCUGGUCGAUGCGGCUGCGCGCGUUCCAGCCCCACGUGUUCAACGUCGUGACCGAAAACGAGGACAAGGAGCAGGCGGCGAAGCUGGUGCGCUCGGUAUGGGUGGUGGCGCCCUGCCAGGACGAGCGCGCCCCCGCCACCACGGCGCGGGACUCCACGCUCGUGGUGCUCCAGGAGGGCCACGAGACCGUCAUGCAGGGCACGCACACGAUAGAGACGAUCCUCGCCGCGCUCAAGGCCUACAGGCCGGUGCACUCGACCACCGUGACGGGCAAGCAGAUGGUCGUCUGCGGCUGCCUCGUGCGCGUGGGCUCCGUCGAGGUCCUCGUCAGGUCGGACUGGGAGUGGAGGGGUGUUGUGGUAGAAAUAUCGCUCUUGGGGCCCAACUCCAAACACCUGGGCGGCGGGCCGCCCGGGGACGCGGAGGCGAUGCGGGAGCUCGCCGCGACGCUCGCGGGCGCGUGCGAGAGCGACACGGGGCGGCUCGUGCCCGUCCCGGUCGAGCUCGAGCGGUUCGGGCUCCCCGACUCGGGCCAGCCGUGGGGGCAGAUGCACUCGGCGGCGGCGCUGGCGGCCGCGGUGGCGGGCAGCCGGUCCUGA